UGUAAAGUCGAUGUUUACUGGGACCGCCAGGUGUCACGUUUUAUCAUUAAGCAUUCUGCCGGCUGUCACUUCUCCAAUUAGCUUUCCCGUCUAGUUGGAAUCUACUAAGUUUGGGUGCCGAUAAGAACCCGGCAAGGAAAGAGCCAAAGAAAACAAAUUUGUACCUCGCUGUUGUCCUACGAAGUUGUUGAGGCUUGUGUUCUUCCAAUCCGAAUUUAUCUCGUACCAAUUUCACAUCCACAAAACUUUUUCUUCUUUUUUUCACCACCCAACCCUUAACUCAACCACGAAUACUCGAACCGUGAACCAAUCUGCCUAAGAUGUCUAUCCCCGCCUUCGCUGAUAUUUCCAAGUCGGCAAAUGACUUGCUGAACAAGGACUUCUACCACCUCUCCGCGGGAACCAUCGAGGUUAAAAGCAACACCCCUAACAAUGUCGCCUUCAAGGUCACUGGCAAGAGCAGCCACGAGAAAGCUACCAGCGGUGCCAUCGAGGGCAAAUACGCAGACAAGUCUCUCGGCCUCACUCUGACCCAGACCUGGAACACGGCCAACGCCCUCGACACCAAGGUUGAACUCGCCGAUACCCUCGCCAAGGGAUUAAAGGCCGAGUCCAUCUUCUCCUUCCUACCCGCCACCCAAAAGAAGGGCGUUAAGCUCAACCUUACAUUCAAGCAAUCCGCUUUCCACGGCCGCGCUUUCUUCGACCUCCUUAAGGGCCCCACUGCCAACGUCGACGCCGUUAUCGGUCACGAAGGUUUCCUUGCUGGUGCCUCGGCUGGAUAUGAUGUCCAAAAAGCUGCUGUUACCGGCUACAGCGCCGCCGUCGGCUACAUUGCUCCUCAGUACAGCGCUGCCGUCACUGCCACUGACAACCUGAGCGUCUUUGCGGCCAGCUACUACCACAAAGUGAACAGCCAGGUCGAGGCUGGUGCUAAGGCUACCUGGAACUCUAAGAGCGGAAGCGCUGUCGGUCUCGAGGUUGCCAGCAAGUACCGCAUUGACCCCGUCUCCUUCGCCAAGGCCAAGAUUAACGACCGUGGUGUUGCCGCUGUCUCCUACAACGUUCUUCUUCGCCCUGGCGUUACCCUAGGUCUCGGCGCUUCUUUCGACACUCAGAAGCUUGAGCAGGCCACCCAUAAGGUCGGCACCAGCUUCACCUUCGAGAGCUAAAUGGUUAGCCUAAAGCUGAAGGAGUGUUUCGGACUUUUGUAGACGAAUUCCCGGGAAUCAUGCCCAAUACCCUCUCGUCAUUAUUUGUAUGCUCUACAAAACAAGCAGGAUUCUUCGCAUACGAGUCAAAAUAUCUCAAUUGUAGACAUUAGACCUCUUGGGCGUUCGAUGCCGUCCAAAUGCUAAUAUUUGCAUCGUUCUGAAUAUACAGAAUUCUUUACG